AUGUCAUCGGACGAGCUUUUCGAGUGUUAUCCGUGGGGUCCGGGGUACCGCUUGGCCGCCGAUGCGAACGUGUACGAGUUCAGUUUCACGCUCGAGCCGAUCGAGAUUUUGGGGGACCUCCUCUCGUCCCUGGGCCUUGACGAGAACGAGGGUUUCAACCUACGCAGUUUUGGAUGCAUCGAUUCUUACUCUGGGGAGCCGGCGACGCACCAGUCGGCCUUUGUUUUGACCGAGUACGAGUCCAGUUUCACGCUCGAUUCGCUCGAAAUCUUAGACACGAACCUCUCCCCGUCCAUGGGCUCGGCCGGGUACGAGGAUUUCGACACGAAUGACUCUUGGGACCCGCUCUACGGAGGGGGCGGCAAAGGCGGCAGCAGGACCUCGCAGCGGGUCCGGGCCGACAAGUCCCAGAUUCAGGACCAGCUCAUCGCCCUCGCGACGGCCGUCGCUGAGCUGCAGCGUGCGCAGAUGGGCACCCGCACCACGCCGAAGGCUGGUCGUGCCGAGGCGCGGCCUUCAAAGCCCACCACCACGCGCCCUAGGCGUCAGAGGCGGCAGAGGGAGGACAUCCCGAUCGUCGCCAAGCUGCGCUCCCUGCUGUCCGUCGUGGACGGCGGCAUGAACGCUCCCCAAGAGAAAGAGCCGCCCCAGGUCAGGGCGCGUCUUUUUCAGGACCCCUGGGGACAGGCCAAGAUCGUCACUUCCAGCGCGGUCCGGGCCUCCCUGGAGCAGUCCACCGAGUCCAUGGUGAUCCUGGCGGCCACCCGCGCGGAGUACGAGCAGUGCGAGCGCGCGAGGAAGGCCCUCGGGAACCGCCAGAACAUCACCUACGUCGUAUUGGACAGCAACGGCCCCGACUCGGUCCUCCUCGAGGGCCAGCGCGGCCCCCGCUCCGCCAACGCCAACAUCACCUACCUCAGCGAGUCCGCGCCGAAGUGUGCUGGGCUCCACGCGGCUAUGAAGGACGACGAGCCCGUCCCAGCCACCAAGCUGAAGCUGGUCAAUUUUCGGAUCACGAUCUCCGCGGAGUUCGCCGACGAGACCCUCUUCCACGUCGCCUCUGCGGAGCCGCAGACCACCCCCGCCCUUGUCCUCGGAGACGUCCUCGCGGAGCGCGUGCUGCGCACCCGAGGUGCCAUCGCCUACGACGCGGAGGUCACAUGCAUCGCCUCGACGACCGAGGCCAACGCUGCCGAUUUCCGGACAGCAGUCCCACCGAGAGGUGCCUUCAUCAUGCAGCAGGACGCCCCCAUCGCCCCGCGAUGGCUCUCCCGGAGGGCCGACGAGGAGGACGAGGAAGGCACCCGCAAGUACUACGACCGUGUCUGCUAG